UCGACGCGCCCGGAACUAGGAGCAGCGUGGAGAUUGAGCUACAGCGUCACGCAGCUUUUUACUGAAUGAUAAUAGUAAUAGUAAUAAUAAUAAUAGCAAAACUUGUGAGUGUUAUCGCUGGUUUGUUGGUUUGUGUCCAGCAUGGACAACACGACAGAAGGGACAUGGGACAGUUUACCCGUAAAGCUUAACGAAGGGGUUUUUCAGACACUGGAGGAGCUGAAGUUCACACACAUGACUCCUGUACAGUCCGCGUGUAUCCCGCUGUUUUUGACCAACAAAGAUGUGGCUGCUGAGGCGGUGACGGGCAGUGGAAAGACGCUCGCUUUCGUCAUCCCUAUCAUAGAACUGCUCCUGAAGAGAGAAGAAAAACUGAAGAAGAUGCAGGUUGGGGCCCUGGUGAUCACUCCCACAAGAGAAUUGGCCCUUCAGAUCAGUGAAGUGAUGGGGCAGUUCAUUCAAAAGUUUCCACAGUUCACGCAGAUUUUACUGAUUGGUGGCUCUAACCCAAUAGAAGAUGUGGAGAAGUUCAAGAAUCAAGGAGCAAACAUUGUGAUUGCGACGCCUGGCCGCCUAGAGGACAUGUUCAGGAGGAAGCCGGACGGUUUGGACUUGGGCAGCUCGGUCAGGAGUCUGGACGUGCUCGUGCUUGAUGAGGCAGACCGACUGUUGGAGAUGGGCUUCGAUGCCAGUCUGAACACCAUCCUGGGCUACCUGCCCAAACAGAGGCGGACCGGCCUGUUCUCAGCCACUCAGACACAGGAGCUGGAGAAGCUGGUGAGGGCCGGCCUCAGGAAUCCCGUGCGGAUCACCGUCAAAGAAAAAGGCGUGGCUGCCACCGCCACCCAGAAGACCCCAUCACGGCUCUCCAACUACUACACUAUGUGUCGAUCUGAGGACAAGUUCAACAACCUGGUGGCAUUUCUGAGGCAACACAAGCAUGAGAAGCAGCUGGUCUUCUUCAGCACGUGUGCGUGUGUGGAGUACUACGGCCGAGCUCUGGAGACGCUGAUCAAGAAGGUGACCGUCUCUCUCAUCCACGGCAAGAUGAAAAACAAACGCAACAAGAUCUUCGCCGACUUCCGGAGCCUGAAAAGUGGGAUCCUAGUGUGCACUGACGUCAUGGCCAGGGGCAUCGACAUCCCCGACGUUAACUGGGUGCUGCAGUAUGAUCCUCCCAGCAGUGCCCGUGCGUUUGUCCAUCGCUGCGGUCGUACAGCACGUAUUGGUAACCAGGGAAACGCCCUUGUCUUUCUGCUGCCAAUGGAGGAGUCGUAUGUCAAUUUCCUGUCCAUCAACCAGAAAUGCCCUCUCCAGAAGAUGCCCCCUAUCGCUGACGUUGUAGACGUGCUGCCCAAAGUGAAGGCCAUGUCUUUAGCAGACCGCGCCAUGUUUGACCGGAGCAUGAGGGCCUUCGUCUCCUACGUGCAGGCGUAUGCCAAACACGAAUGUAGUCUCAUCUUUAGAAUCAAAGAUCUGGACUUUGCCUCCUUAGCCCGUGGAUUUGCCCUCCUUCGCAUGCCCAAGAUGCCCGAACUGAGAAGGAAAACGUUCCCCAAUUUCAUUGGGACGACAGUGGACACGGAAACCAUCCGCUACAAGGACAAGAACCGAGAGAAACAGAGACAGAAGAUGCUGAAAGAGAGAGAGGAGGCGGAUCCUCAGCCCAGGAGGAAUUUCGUUAAGAACAAGUCCUGGUCCAAACAGAAGACUAAGAAGGAACGUAAGAGAAAGAGGUCAACCAAGAGGAAACAAGACGAGGACUCUGGCACGGACGAUGAAGACAUGACGGAGCUUUUAAAUGACACUCGUCUCCUCAAGAAACUGAAGAAAGGCCAAAUCAGUGCAGAGGACUUUGACAAACAGAUCGUGAAGUCGGAACACAAAACAGAGGCACCGUCACUCGACUGCGUGGACCAAGAGGAUGUUUGACAGAACUGCUGAAAUCAACAAAAAAUAAUCCAGUGUAACAUCGCUGACAUUUGUUUUACCUUAGGAAAAGGGGUUUUAUUUGAGAAUUCUGAGGCAUAUUCAUAAAUAAAGUUUGAUGAGUUCGUCGCUGACGGCAGACGGGGUGAGGACUCCCAGGUCAGUGAAGAGGAGGGUGAUGAGGGAAGGAGGCGUGUAAUCUAUGAUGGGAUGCUCCUCUGACAGGUUCUGCACUGUCUUCAGAGUAUCUGCUUUGUACUGUGGACGACAAGACGACACGUGUGAGGAAAUUAAAAAAAUAUAUUUUUCUUCUC